ACCGAGUCCUUCACCGCAAGCCUAUCUCUCUUUUUUUUUACCCCACAAUCACUGCACAAUCAAUCCGAAUAACACACAGAUCCAAAAAAUAAUCCCAAGAUCUCGAAGGUAAUGAUCUCCGAGUCGUGACCACCUACGUUUUACAUAUACGAAUUUUCCUCGCCUUCCCCAGGUAUCACGUACCGACGUCAUGCGAUAGUUGCAGGCUCGCUCGCUCGCUCGAGCUCGCGUCCCAACAAUCCACUUCAAACCUCACCUCCAUUUACCACACCACAGCCAAAAUGCCACAUCCUCCACGUCCUCCCCUCAUGGAACAAUAAAAGAAAAUGGCAGACCUCUCUAAAUCCACCAACGGGCCCUCCCCGUCCAGCGAGACCGGCUACGACGCUUCCCUCCUCCCAGACUACGACACCGAGUUCACAUCCGAGGAGGAUCUGAAGGCGUUCGCGGAGGCGUUGGCGGCGCCGGAGGUGAGUCCUAGCACGGAUGAUCUGCUGGCGAGUCCUGUUGUCGGGAGUGCCGCCAGUUUGGCAAACGGGAGUGCUGCGAGCUUGGGACAUGGGAGGGGCAGUAUGGAUGGUGGUGGUGGUGGUGGUGGGAGGAGAGAGAGCCUAUUCAUCACGGCGCAGAACGAUUGGGCGCCUGUUGGGCCGCCGGCCAGGAUCGGCGGAUCUGGGAAAGGCAAGAGAAAGAAGGGAGUGCGGAGGAAGAAGAAUCGCAGUAGCGAUGAGACGAGAGAGGGGUAUCUUUAUACGUUGCUGAAGUGGCCGUUGUUGGCUACGGUCGUGGCAUGGGUCACUGGUCUGGGCGUCUCGUACCUGUUGACGCGCCUGUAUAUCUGGCUGUACGAGCAUUUUGUCGCGUGGAGGGGCAGGAGGGAGAGGUUGAGGCGGAAGUUGCAGGGCACGCAGAAUUAUGCGGAUUGGGUGGCGGCGGCGAGGGAGCUGGAUGCGUGGGCGGGGAACGAGAGGUGGAAGGAGACGGAUGAGUUUGCGUAUUAUGAUCAUAAGACGGUGAGGAGGGUGUUGGGGCAGAUGAGGAGGUGUAGGAGGAGGAUUGAACGCGGGGAGGGAGCGCUGGCGGAGGAAGAUCUGAAAGCGUUGGUUGAGGCGUGUGUGAAGAAUAAUUUUGUGGGGGUGGAGAAUUCGAGGUUGUAUUCUCAGACGUAUUAUGGGACGAAGGAGUUGGUGCAGGAGUUUAUUGAUGAAGUUGAGAGAGGUGUUACUAUUCUGGUUGAUUCGAAGCAACUGGGUGCAGAGGAGAAGAGGACGCUGUUUAAGAGGUUGCAUACCAAUUACGGACGGACAGCGCUCUGUCUAUCAGGGGGAGCUUCAUUCGCUUACUACCACUUUGGUGUCGUCAAAGCUCUCCUAGACGCAGACCUGCUUCCAGAAGUCAUUACUGGAACAUCUGGAGGAGCUUUGGUGGCUGCGCUUGUGGCAACACGUACCAACGACGAGCUUAAGAAACUUCUCGUCCCAGCCUUGGCUGGCAGGAUCAACGCAUGCUCGGAACCAUUCACAACGUGGGCUCCAAGGUGGUGGAAGACGGGAGCUAGAUUUGAUUCGUUGGAUUGGGCUAAGAGGUGUAGUUGGUUUACGAGAGGGAGUAUGACUUUCCGUGAAGCGUAUGAGAGGACUGGGAGGAUAUUAAAUGUUUCUUGUGUCCCGGCUGAUCCUCACUCUCCCACUAUUCUGACCAACUAUCUUACCAGUCCAGAUUGUGUCAUCUGGUCUGCGGUCUUAGCCUCAGCAGCAGUUCCUGGUAUUCUCAACCCAGUCGUACUCAUGAUGAAGACCAGAGAAGGUACACUCGUUCCGUACUCCUUUGGCCAUAAAUGGAAAGACGGCAGUCUUCGAACCGACAUUCCUCUCAAAGCACUCAACCUCCAUUUCAACGUCAAUUUCAGCAUAGUCUCCCAAGUUAACCCACACAUCAACCUCUUUUUCUUCUCUUCCCGAGGUUCAGUCGGCCAACCCGUCACCCACCGUCGGGGUCGUGGCUGGCGAGGCGGAUUCCUUGGCUCCGCAACAGAACAAUACCUCAAACUCGACCUCAACAAAUGGCUCAAGGUUGUUCGACAUCUCGAACUUCUUCCCAGACCACUAGGCCAAGACUGGAGCGAGAUCUGGCUCCAACAAUUCUCAGGCACUAUCACCAUCUGGCCACGUUCUCAGAUCUCGGAUUUCUGGCGCAUCUUAAGCGAUCCUAAUCCCAAACAACUUGCUCGCAUGCUGCACGUCGGUCAACAGAGCGCGUUUCCUAAACUAAAAUUCCUUGCUAAUAGACUGAAAAUCGAAAGACUUAUAGAGCGGGGACGAAGAGAGACUAGAGUUGGCGUUAGAAGGGGUAGUAUCGAGAGUAUUCUCAGCGAAGAUGAUAUGCGGAAUCUAUUACGGAGAAGUGAGGCGGAGAAUGAAGAGGUUCUCACGGCGACGGACGAAGAUACGGAGGGCGAUGUCGUUACGAUUGGUGAUGAAUUUGAGGAUGCGGUUGCUGAGAAGGAGGAGUUGCUUGAGGAGGUGCUGCAUGAUGAUUGAUGUAUAUAUGAUUCGUAUGAGCGGCUUAGUGAGGCAUUUUGUGGG